GUGAGAAAAACUUGUUGUGUAAAAGGGAAAAAGUCUCAUUCUCCGUUUCCGACAUCUGCUUGGAGAUGUGUUAUCAUACAAGCCAAGGCUACGAUGACCUUUCGAACACUUUGUACCAUUAAUAGACUGAGGUGUAGCGACACCUGAUUUACAUUGUCCAAAGUCCGUCUAAUGUUAGAUAAGCGCUCCGGUUGACACUUUGCGGCCUGCAUGAUCCCGUGACACUCUAGUAGAAGGAAAACUUUCGGUGAUUCUUCCUCUCUUCAAGAGUUUUAUGACUCCUUUAAGACCCAAAAAUGCCUGGCUUGCUGAAGAACGAGGUGCUCACAGACAGCGAGAUUCGGGUGGAGUCUGACCCGCUGCUGAGGGACUACAACACCACAUACUCCAGUAUAAACCGACCUGACAGCGACCCGGUACCGGCGAACCAUACAGGACUUCGGCACGGGAGGGUGUACAAGAGGCGCUGGUACAUCCUGGCCCUGUUCUCUCUGCUCGCGGCUACCCAGUGCAUGGUGUGGAACGUGUGGGGCCCGAUCUCCGACUCCGCCAAGUUCGUGUUCGGCUGGAAGGACAGCGACAUCGCCCUGCUGACGAACUGGGGCCCGAUAGCUUACAUCCCACUGGCUGUGCCCUUCUCGUGGCUGAUGGACGUCAAAGGCCUGCGCAUCUCGGUGAUAGUGACAGCGCUCCUGGUGUUUGCCGGCACGGCCAUCCGAUGCAUCACUGCGUUCUACAUGGGAGCCGCCACAUGGCUGAUGAACAUAGGCCAGUGUCUGAACGGCAUGGCGGGCCCGGUGUGCAUGUCCGCUCCGGCCGUGCUGUCUGCCGCCUGGUUCCCGCACGAGCAGCGCGCCACCGCCACGGCCAUCGGUACAGUCUCUCUCAAACUUUAUUGUUCAAUCAACUUGUAUGCACGUAUUCCAGACGAGUUUGUAGAUGCUACAUGUGUUAUUACAGAGUUUGCCCUGAGCGCAGCCCUGUUCCUGGCCACCGUUAUCUAUGUUACAUGUGUUGUUACAGAGUUUGCCCUGAGCUCAGCCCUGUUCCUGGCCACCAUUAUUUACUUCCCGGACAGGCCGCCUACCCCGCCCACCCUCACCGCCGCCACAGAACGACUGGACUUCAAAUCGGGCUGUAAAAAGCUUCUCAGGAACGGGCGGUUCUGGCUGAUAUUCCUGGCGUACGGCUCGGUGACGGGGACGUACGGCUGCUGGGGCGGCAUCCUGGACGUCAACCUGUCCCCGCAGAACAUCACACAGAUGGAGGCAGGGUGGGUCGGAUUUUACGGCAGCAUAACGGGAGGAGCAAGCGGCAUCAUCAUCGGCAGAGUGGCUGACUACAUGGGAGGCCACUACAAGCUAGCGGUGCUGGCCCUGGCCGUGAUACUGAUCGGCAGCACACUGUGGUUCACCUUCAUGUUAUACAUCAAUAUCCUACCCUUCAGCACAGGUACCAGCUGGAUGAACUGGACGGCCCUUGGUACGGGGAUUGCUGUUGUACCGCUCAUGCUGUUGUUCAGAGAGAAGUACGGCAGACUGUCGGUCGACACCGGGCAAGCACAGAACAAGAUUCAGUCAACUUAG